UGGGAUGCCAUAACAGAAAUGGAUGAAUAUAAUCGCCCCAUUCACACUUACCAGGUAUGUAAUGUUAUGGAAGCAAACCAAAACAACUGGCUUCGCACAAAUUGGAUCUCUCGUGAUGCAGCCCAGAAAAUUUAUGUGGAAAUGAAGUUUACAUUGAGGGACUGCAACAGCAUUCCAUGGGUACUGGGGACAUGCAAAGAAACAUUUAAUCUCUACUACCUGGAAUCAGAUGAAUCCCAUGGAAUUAAAUUCAAACCAAAUCAAUACAGUAAAAUUGAUACUAUUGCAGCUGAUGAAAGUUUUACUCAGAUGGAUUUGGGGGACCGCAUCCUUAAGCUGAACACAGAAGUUCGUGAAGUGGGACCAAUAAACAGAAAAGGAUUUUUUCUUGCUUUUCAAGACAUUGGUGCGUGCAUUGCUUUGGUCUCUGUCCGUGUUUACUACAAAAAGUGUCCUUUCACUGUUCGGAACUUGGCUAUGUUUCCUGAUACUAUUCCAAGGGUUGAUUCUUCCUCUUUAGUGGAAGUACGAGGCUCCUGUGUGAAGAGUGCUGAAGAGCGAGACACUCCAAAAUUAUAUUGUGGAGCAGAUGGGGAUUGGCUUGUGCCUCUAGGACGAUGCAUCUGUAGUGUUGGGUAUGAAGAAGUGGAUGGUUCCUGCCAUGGUAAGAGAAUUGUUUUUGAUUGCAUUCCAAG